AGACGGCGGUGGUCCGCCAUUUCGUGGACGACGGGUGUGGGAGAGCAUCUGUCGGUGCCAGGCGCGAGGGGACCAGGAAGACCCAGCUGGGGGUGUGUGGAUUUGAGCCUACGCGUUUCUAACCCGAGGUCUCGAAAUGCAUCGUGAUUCCUGUCCGUUGGACUGUAAAGUUUAUGUAGGUAAUCUUGGAAACAAUGGUAACAAGACUGAAUUGGAACGAGCUUUUGGCUAUUAUGGACCACUCCGAAGUGUGUGGGUUGCUAGAAACCCUCCUGGCUUCGCUUUUGUUGAAUUUGAAGAUCCUCGAGAUGCAGCCGAUGCUGUCCGAGAGCUAGAUGGGAGAACACUAUGUGGCUGCCGAGUAAGAGUGGAACUGUCGAAUGGUGAAAAGAGAAGUCGAAAUCGUGGCCCACCUCCUUCUUGGGGUCGUCGCCCUCGAGAUGAUUAUCGGAGGAGGAGUCCUCCACCUCGCCGCAGAUCUCCAAGACGGAGAAGCUUCUCCCGCAGCCGGAGCAGGUCCCUUUCUAGAGAUAGGAGAAGAGAGAGAUCACUGUCCCGGGAGAGAAAUCACAAGCCGUCCCGAUCUUUCUCUAGGUCUCGUAGCCGAUCUAGGUCAAAUGAAAGGAAAUAGAAGACCAGUUUGCAAGAGGAGUGGUGUACAGGAAAUAACUUCAUUUGACAGGAGUAUGUACAGAAAAUUCAAGUUUUGUUUGAGACUUCAUAAGCUUGGUGCAUUUUUAAAAUGUUUUAGCUGUUCACAUUUGUUUGUCUCUUGGAACAGUGACACAUAAAGAUGUAAUUCUCUAUGGUUUGAAAUGGAUCAUAUGAGGCAUGUAAUAUCAAGAAUUGUUACUUUACAAUGUUCCCUUAAGCAAAAUUGAAUUUGCUUUGAAUUUUUAGUCUUGCACAGACUGAUAAUAAACCUCUAACUCCUGCCCAGCUAAAGUGUGAUGUUUAAUAUUAUGGAAACAAAACUGGCAAAAAUUGAAAAGACUCUGUAGCUGGGAUAUGGUAUGCAGCUGUAGUUAAGCGGUCUUUAAAAGCUGCUGUGAACACAAGCCAGCAGGUAAAAAUUAAAGCUGCACCCUUAAACUAGAUUAGAGGUUUAAAAAUUCCACUAGUCUUCACACCGGACAAGAGGUUGUCCAGUGGGUUUAGAAUCUAAGAAGUUUCAAGAAAGUUAGUUUACCUUCUGUGAUUGCUGUAUAUGGAUACCUAGCUCUUUGUAAUAUUAUUUGGAAAUUUGAGACUAUUCAAGAUACCUAUGUCCUGCCAGUUUAAGGGUACAUUGUAGAGCUGAACUUUGAGUUACUGUGCAAGAUUUUUUUUUUCAUGCUGUCAUUUGUAAUAUGUUUUGUGAGAAUCCUUGGGAUUAAAGUUUUGGUUACAAA